AUGAUAUUGGAGGCCUUUAAAGCUGUACUAACCACAUUGAACAAGACGAAUAUUGAUUUGAAUGGGGAUCCAUGCGAAGUCUCAUCUUCUGGAAGUGAAGGGUCAACCAUCAACAGAUGGAAAGACAUCGUUACUUGUGACUGCUCCUUCGUUGAUGGAACCAUUUGCCAUAUCACCAACAUAGAUUUGAAGGAAGAAAAUCUUCAAGGAUCUCUUCCCAAAGAGUUUGUGGGACUUCCUUUUCUGCAAGAGAUUGAUCUCUCUAGAAACUAUCUCAAUGGAUCCAUUCCUCCUGAAUGGGGAGUCUUGCCACUUGUAAACAUAUCGCUUCUUGGAAACCGAUUAACUGGUCAAAUCCCUAAGGAGAUUGGAAACAUUACAACUCUUGCUAACCUUGUCUUGGAAGCCAAUCAACUUUCAGGAGAAAUACCUCGGGAGCUCGGGAACCUACCAAACAUUCAGCAAAUAGUUCUUAGCUCAAACAACUUCAUCGGAGAAAUUCCAACUACAUUCGCAAAACUAACCACUUUGAGAGAUUUUCGUGUAAGUGACAACCAAUUGACAGGAACAAUUCCAGAUUUUAUCCAAAAGUGGACUAAACUUGAGAGACUGCAUAUUCAAGCAAGUGGUUUAGUCGGACCAAUUCUCAUUAACAGUGCUCCUCUCAUAGAGUUAAAGGACUUGAGAGUCAGUGACAUAGAUGGACCCGAAACUCCAUUUCUACAGCUAAAGAACAUGAAAAAGAUGGAAACGUUAAUUCUUAGGCACUGCAAUCUCACAGGAGUUUUACCUGUAUAUCUUGGAAAAUUUACCUCCUUAAAGCUCUUAGAUCUUAGCUUCAACAAACUGAGUGGAACCAUCCCUAGCACGUAUUCUAAUCUUAGUAACGGAUGUUACAUAUAUCUCACAGGAAACAUGUUGAACGGGUCAAUCCCAAAUUGGAUGAGUUUCAUAUAUGAGAAGCUACCAUUGUCCAAAAAUGGUCUUCAUAUAAACUGUGGUGGAGAUGAAGUGUCAAUCAACGGGAAAAUAUACGAAACUGACAAAUACGAUAGACUUGAGAGUAUAUACGAAAGUCAAAACGGAUGGUUCUCAAGCAACAUAGGAGUGUUUGUAGACGAUAAAAUUGUCCCCGAUAGAGUAACGAUCGAGUCUAACUCAUCAGAGCUCAACGUGGUAGAUUCUAGCCUCUACAUGCAAGCUCGUCUCUCACCCAUCUCACUCACUUACAACGCAUUGUGUCUUGAAAAUGGAUCUUACAAUGUUAAUCUCCAUUUCGCCGAGAUUAUGUUCAGUGGUAACAAUACUUAUCAAAGCUUAGGCAGACGCGUCUUCGACAUAUACAUUCAGAGACAGCUCGUGGUGAAGGAUUUCAAUAUCGUUCAGGAAGCAAAAGGUGUUGGAAUCGUUGUCGUUAAGACAUUUUCUGUCGAGAUAACAGAUGGAAAGUUGGAGAUAAGAUUGUAUUGGGCCGGGAAAGGAACCACGGUUAUUCCCAAAGAUGAUGUUUAUGGUCCUCUCAUAUCUGCUAUAUCAGUGAAUUCAAAUAUCAAUCUACCACCACCUAGAAGAGAUAAGAGUAUUUCUCUCCACGCAGCUGCAAUGAUGGUCUUCAUAUUUCUCGUAGCUCUCAUACUUCUUCUAAUUGGUAUUCUCAUUAAAAGAGGUGGCUCGAGAUGCAAGAAAACUCCAAUAGAAAGAAGUAGUCAUGAAGAUUUCAGGAUUUUGGAUCCUAUGAUUAAUUCUUUCUCGUUGAAGCAAAUCAAAGCAGCUACAAACAACUUUGAUUUAGCAAAUAGGAUUGGAGAAGGCGGUUUUGGUCCUGUUCACAAGGGAAAGUUGUCGGAUGGAACAAUAAUAGCGGUGAAACAGCUUUCGACAGGAUCAAAACAAGGGAACCGCGAGUUCUUGAAUGAGAUUGGCAUGAUCUCAGCUCUGCACCACCCGAAUCUUGUCAAGCUAUAUGGAUGUUGUGUUGAAAGAGACCAGCUUUUAAAACAACAGCCUCGCUCGAGCACUGUGGAAGUUUUGAGGGAGCAGAACAAUCUGUUGGAACUGGUGGAUCCGAGACUAGGAACAGAUUACAACAGAGAAGAAGCAAUGAUCAUGAUUCAAGUGGUGAUACUGUGUACAAGCGCGGAUCCGAGUGAUAGACCACUGAUGUCUGACGUUGUGAAGAUGUUGGAAGGUAAGAAGAUGGUGGAGAUGGAGAGGAUUGAAGAAGCUUCAAUCCAUAGAGAAACAAAGAGAAUUGAGAACAUAAACACUAUGAAGAAGUAUUACCAAAUGAUAGGGAACGAGAUAAGUACAAGCAUGAGCAUGGCCAUGACUGAUGAUAAAAGUUCCUCAUCAGAGCAUAUCAAUCGUACAAAAGCAGAGAAUCCUAAUUUGGUAGGCUCGCUUAGAACAUACUUAGGUAGCUCAUAUUUAGCACCUGCAGAGCAAGAACAGUACUAG